AUGAUUGUUAAAGUUUUUGAUUAUAUAUAUAUUAGUAAUGUAUAUAAUGCAAAUGAUAUUUAUGAACUCAUAAAAUUAAAUAUAGGAGGAGUGUUAACAUGUUUCGAUUGUACAUGCAUUGAAUGGUGUCAUCAUAAUGAUACAAACGUGACGAAUAAAAUUUUUUAUAAAGAUAUAUUUGUUAACACCAAAAAAGAUUUAAUAAAAUGUGAUGUACCCAUUAUUACCAAUAAAUCAGUGAACUCUGAUAUAAUAGGAGGAACACAUCAAAUUAAUAAUUAUUAUAAUGAACAAAAUAAUAACUACCAUGAUAAUACAUAUAAGGAAUUUACUCAGACGCACAAAACAAAUAUAGAUCCUUCCCAAAUAAAAUCUGAUCAUAUAAAUGAGGAACGUAAAGAACAUUAUGAUUAUAUUAUUUUUCCUAGUGAUAUUAUAAAUAAUACUCAAUGUAAUAAUAAUAAUUUAAAGGAUUAUAUAAAAUCGAUGUUAAUAUUAAAAGAAGAUGCCUACAUAGAUUUUGAUGUAAUUCAUAUGGACCAACUAAAAAAUAAACAUAAUAAUAAUAAUAAUAAUAACAACAACAACAAUAAUAACAAUAAUAAUAAUAAUAAUAAUAAUAAUUGUUGUACAUUUAAAAAUCCAGACAUAUCGAAUACUUCUCAACAUCAUGUAGAACAUAUUCAAAUCCAUAAAAGUAAUAGUCAUUCCAACAUACCCUCUGACAAUAUAAAUUUUUGUAAUAAAAAAUAUGAUAAGAAUCUUUCAAGAAGCGUCGAGAUAUCCGAAAAAGAUAAACACCCAGAAAAUAGUCUUCUGUACGAAUUUGUAAAUAAAGACAAAUUAAAUUAUAAAAUAAAUCAAGAAGAAGAUACUGUAUCUAGUGAAAAAAAUAAAUUAUGUGAUAAUAAUAAUAAUAAUAAUAUGGUACAUACAAGACAUAUAUAUAAUGUGUGUGAACUAAAUAAAUGUUUAAGAGAAAAUAAAUUAAUUCCUUAUAAUAAUAUUUAUAAAAUGAAACAUUUAUAUUUAAAUAUAUUAGAUACUUUUGAUGAAAAUAUACUUAAACAUGUAAAUAAGGCACAUUUAUUUAUUGAUAGUGUUAUUCAAAAAAAAAAAAAUAUUUUAAUACAUUGUAUGGCUGGCAUAUCAAGAUGUUCAUCUAUUAUUUUAUCUUAUGUAUCAAAAAAAAACAAAAAAGGAAUAGAAUACAAUUUUAAUUUAUUAAAAAGUAAAUACCCAUUUGCUCAUCCCAAUGAAAACUUUUAUCGUCAACUCUUACUCUAUGAAAAAAUGAAUUAUACUCUAGAUGGAUGCACUGAUUAUCACAACAUUUAUAAAAAAAUUAAAAUGAACAGGGAAAACUUAGAGGAGUUAAAAAUUCUUAAUUUAAAAAAUGAUAAACAACCAAUAUAUAAUUUCCGAUGCAAACAUUGUAAUUAUGUCCUCUUCAACGACAACGAAAUUAUAAAACACGACUUUAAAAUAUCUAAAAUAAAAAAAAAUUAUGGAAAUUCUUGCACAAGUAUAUUCAUAGAAAAAAAAGAAUGGAUAUUGACAGAAAAUAAAAUGAAAGGAGUUUUAAAUUGUCCUAAUGUAAAUUGUAACAUAAAAUUAGGAAAAUGGUCGUGGACUGGUAUAUGUUGUUCAUGUGGAUAUUUGCAGAUUCCUGCUUUUAUGAUAAACUCAUCAAAUGUUGAUCGCAUGAAUAUUUCCAAAACAGUGUAA